GUCGUGCUUUGGGAUGUCCGAAGGUGAGUCCUCCUCCCUUCCCUCACUCCCUCCUGCGAUGGGGUAUUUCUCUCCUCCACCCUUCAGUUGGCGAUGAGGACGCGGUCGAAAGAAGACCCUCAGACGAUUUGCACUUGUUUUUGCCAGAUUCUUUCUUCUAGAAGAUUUCUGUGAUUGUCCAGGAAUAAAGAUGUGCAAAUAGCUAAUCAAAUAGUUUGUUGAUUUCUUGCUGAGAAAACAUACAAAAACAUGGACCGUACCACCUUCUACGCCCUUCUGACCCUCCUCAGCUGUCUUCCCCACGCAUUUAGCCGCUGCCCCAAACAAUGCAGCUGCGUUUUGAAAUCUGGCAAGAAGGUGGUCUUCUGCUCCAGCGGCAACAUGACUCUUAUUCCUGUCUCUGAAAUGGACAUCAACAUCCACGAGCUGGUCAUUACAGCUCCUCCGAACAGUCCCAACAACCUGACCAUUGGCCGAAUUUUCUUGAAAUUCACCAAUCUGGAAACGGUCCGAAUCACAAGGUCUGGAGUUCCAGCCAUUGGCGACAGUUCCUUUUGGCCCGGAAGACGACUCAAGGUUCUGGACCUCAGCUGCAAUUCCAUAAGUUUUUUAAGAGAAUCAGAUUUCAAUGGCUUGAAAAAUCUGCAAGAGUUGGAUUUGUCAGAUAAUGAUAUAUUUGCAGCACCUUCGGCACCUUUCAGGCAUUUACUGAAUCUAAAAAAGUUGAAUUUGGCGAGGAAUAAAUUAGUGGUACUCGUACCAAGGUUUUUCUAUCUGCUAUCAAACCUAGAAGAAUUGGAUCUCAGUGGCAAUACCCUUGGCCAAAUAGAACCAGAGAACUUGCAGGAUGUCAAGAUUCUCAAAGUUCUGAAACUGGCCCGAUGUAGACUGUCUGAAAUCCACCCCAUUGUGUAUCAACAACUUCCCCUUCUGGAAGAAUUGGAUCUCAGCGACAAUUACAUUACGACUCUAGCACCAUCUGAAUUUCGACAUCUCCCGAAUCUUUCAGUUUUGCAUUUGGAUGGAAAUGUGCUGUCAAGCAUCACAGAAGGAACGUUCCAUGGACACAAAUUCAAGAUUCUUGGACUUUCCAGAAAUAACCUUUCCUCUCUGUCUGAACAUGCCUUCACCAACACCUCCAUCAAGAUGUUGGACUUAUCCCAUAAUAGGCUAGAAUACGUUCUUGAAGAAACAACUCAGCCACUCUCGGAUAUUCUGGAAAUUCUGAAUAUCAGCUACAACGAUCUAGGAAACCAGGCCUUCUAUGCGAUGGUGCAUCCACUUAAGAAUUUGAAAAUUCUCCAAGCUACAGAUCUCCUGGUUAAGAAUCUGUCCCCAGGUUUAUUUGAUUACUGCAAAAAUCUGAGACUAGCCAACUUUUCCAGAAAUGGUCUAUCUGACAUUCCGCUAUCUGUGAUUUUGGAAUUGGAGAAUAUUGAAGAACUGGAUCUGAGCUACAAUCUCUUUUCUCAUGUAGAUGAAACCACUCUGGAAGCCUUUUCCAACUUGACCUUUCUGAGGACCUUGCAUCUGAAAGGAAAUCCUAUUGAUUGCUCUGGUUGUCUCAUCAUGCCGCUUUACCACGCUCUUAACGAGUCACAAUUCUUCGAUCCAAAUUGCUCUAAUGAAAAUUGCGUUCAGUGUAACUCUCCAGCGGACAGAUCCGGCAUUUGUGUAAAGGACAUACCUCCAGAAACGCUGUAUUGUCAUGCUGGAAAAUACGACCGCCACUAUCUAGUGUAUACUUCUCAAGUAGGCCUCAUAGUGGCAGUAUCUAUCAUAGUUGUCAUUGUAUGCAUCAUUUUGGUCAUAAUUAUUAUUUAUAAACGCCAUAUUGCUCAUUAUUAUACACACGAGGAAGAACAGAGGGCGUGGAAAGGUAUGUACGAGAAUCCAGCGCUUGCCCCUUCAGGUGGUGUCCACUACAGUGACGAUAAGCCAACUUUUAUAUCUUCGACAGACAAAGUCGAUGAGAACAUAGACGAUCUGAGAAGACCUCACAACAUCAUGCGCUGAAUGAAAUACAAUAGUUGGUGGUACCCUAAAUCUUCGAAUGGAACAUUCGAAUUCGUUUGGAAUCGAAUAUGUUUUUGGAUAGAGUUCCAACCACCAGUGGAACAUACAAGAAACAAGAGAGAGAGAUAGAAGAAAAUUAAUGAAAUUAAAACGUAAAUAUGUGUACAUUUUAAAUAUCUCCUCAAUCUUCUUAAAUCCAUAAUUUUGGUCAUCCAAAUCCUUUUGAAUGUUAUCCAUUUCCACUGCCAUUCCCCUUUUUGGAUAUAUCUCAUCUAAUAUUUACCUUUGUCUUACAACCAAUAGCGUAGAAGAUUGGAUUUUCGUCAGUGUUGCCAUUCAUAAACUCCUUAAAGUAUCUGUUAAAUAUAGAUUCAAAAUCCUGUUCUAUUCCACGUGCGAAUCUGUUCAUCGCUGCUUUUCUGUUGUUGUGCAAUAUAAUUCAUGGAAUAAUGACAGUCAUUUUCGAAGAAAGUAACAGCUACUUUUAAAUCUUCUUGUGUGUAUUUGUGAGAUGUUAUUUACCGUUUCUAGGACGUCUGGAGUAUUUUAUCUCUUCAUAUAUCACUUUGAAGGUAGCAGGAUAAAUAUCAAGGACAAAAUCAAAGACAGAUUU